AUGCUUUUGCCAUAUUCGUUCCAGCUCUUGACUGCAGAUGACAAAAUCCAAACAAAAGUUCUAGCUACUUCAAAUAACCUUAAGAUUCUUGAGUUAUCAGCUAUAAGUUUAGAUUUAUUGGAAGAACUCUCGAGUGUUCUUUGCUUUCUUAGGAGCUUCCCAAACCUUGAGAAACUAAAAAUUACGAUGUUUCCUGAAGAAGCAUAUGAUACAGGUGAUACUAUGGAAUUUCUCAAAGUGCAAGACUAUUCAAAGGUAUUAUUAAAUCGACUUCAGGAUGUGAAGUUGAUAUCUAUUAGUGGCAAUGUUCCUGAGAUGGCGCUCAUCAAGCUUUUAUUAGAAAAAUCAUUGACGUUGAAAAGAAUGGUGAUUAGUGGGGAGGAACUGUUAGACAAAAAUCGAUCUUGA